AUGCGUGUCCUUGCAAUUCUGGCUUUGUGCUUAGCGGCGGUCGCAGCCGUCCCGUCCCGCUCACAAAGGAUCGUUGGUGGAUCAGUCACUACCAUCGACCGGUACCCCAGCAUUGCUGCAUUGCUCUACUCAAGUGAUUGGAGCUACUACUGGCAACACUGCGGUGGUACCAUCAUCAACAACCGUUCCAUCCUCACUGCUGCUCACUGCACUUUUGGUGACGCUGUCAAUAGAUGGCGUAUUCGUGUAGGCUCUACCUGGGCCAACAGUGGUGGAGUCGUCCACAAUGUUGUCCAGAACAUUGUCCACCCUCAAUUUAACAUAGGAGCAAUGUUAAACAACGACAUCGCUAUUCUACGCUCCGCCACCUUCUUCACCUUCAAUAACAAUGUCAGUCCGGCACCCCUCGCUGGUAUCACCUACUUGCCCGGUGACAACCAAGCUGUAUGGGCUGCUGGAUGGGGUGACACUUACUCUGGAUCAGACGCUGGCUCCGAACAACUCCGUCAUGUCCAGGUUGUAGUCAUCAACCAGAACACUUGCAGAAACCAGUACGCCAACACGGUCUUCUCAAUCAACGACAACAUGUUGUGCUCUGGCUGGCCUUCUGGUGGUCGCGACCAGUGCCAGGGUGACUCUGGUGGUCCUCUCUACCACAACGGCAUCGUUGUUGGUGUCUGCUCUUUCGGUUUUGGCUGUGGUGACCCUAAAUAUUCUGGUGUCAACGCUCGCGUAUCUCGCUACUCUUCUUGGAUUGCCGCUAAUGCAUAA